AUGGCAGAGACAGACUGUUACGAGAAAUAUCCUUUUGGGGAGCACUACCUGCAGAACGUCUACGUUCAUAUACCAGAGGCUCCCGCCCCAAUCGAAACCGGCUACUGGAUAGUUGAGAGGAGAGUGAAGAUUGUCGAGGAUAUGGUUGAUACGCAUGAUGGGAUGUGGAUUAAUGGGAAGGAGGUUGCGGGUGUUAUUGCGGUUGGUAUUAGGGAGCUGCAGGACAUGCGUGUCUAG